AUGACUGGAAGACGCUCUCAAAGUCAAGACCUCAUACCGUUUGAUCCUGAAAUUGAGAGAACAGUUAGGAAACAAAAAGACAAAUUCACUCAUUCACUGGAACAUCAAGAAGACGGAGGUUCUGUCGAAAAUAUAAACGAGAAUAGUGACAAGAACGUUGGGGAACAACAAUUAGCGCAAGAGGAAGCAAUGGAACGAGUACAACCUGCUCGAGCUAUGAAGGAGUACUCCAUCCCAACUCUUUCCAACACUCCAUCGUGUAUUGUAGUACCAGCAGUUGAAGCAAAUUCAUUUGAACUCAAGUCUGGAAUGAUUCACUUGUUACCAUCUUUCUAUGGAAAGUCGAACGAAGAUCCUAACAUGCAUAUUCGGGAAUUUUUCGACAUUUGUGGCACGAUCAAGAUCCUAAAUGUCUCUGAUGAAGUGGUUAGGCUGAAAUUGUUCCCGUUUUCAUUAAAGGAUAGAGCCAAAGCUUGGCUUCACUCACUACCAGCUGAAUCCAUUAAUUCAUGGGAGGGAUUAGCUCAAAAAUUUCUCCAGAAAUUCUUCCCUGCGCAGAAAACGAAUCAGCUUAGAAGAGAUAUCAUGCAUUUUAGUCAAGGAGAGCAUGAGCCAUUCUAUGAAGCUUGGGAGAGAUUUAGAGAGUUGCUGCAAAAAUGCCCUCAUCAUGGCAUUAUUGAUUGGAUGCAGAUGCACCUCUUUUAUGAAGGACUUACGACUGCAAACAAACAAAUGGUUGAUUCUGCGUGUGGAGGUGCAUUGAUGGAGAAGACACCUCAAGAAGCGUUUGAUCAAUUUGAUUUGCUUGCUAAUAAUAAUCAACAAUGUGGUAGUGAGCGGACAAGGAAGGUAGGAGUUUAUGAAGUUGACACCAACACUGCGGUUGCUGCUCAAAUUUCAAGCCUUGAGAAAAAACUUGAAACUCUUAUGCGUGCUGUUAUUCCACCUUCCCCACAUCAAGUUUGUGCCAUUUGUUCUGACCCAACUCAUCCAAUGGAGCUUUGUCCAUCUACUAUGCAAGGUUCUGAGCAAGUUCACCAAGUUAAUUCGUUUCAGCGACCUCGGAAUGAUCCAUAUUCGAACACCUAUAAUCCGGGGUGGCGUAACCACCCAAAUUUUUCAUGGAGCAACCAGCAACAACAAGCUAGUUCUAGCCAUCCCUUCCAGCAGCAAAUGCAGCCUUCGAGUGAGCCUAAGAAACCAGCGUUGGAGGAUAUAAUCGCUCAGUUUGUGCAGACUUCUCAACAAAAUCAGAAUACUAUGCAAGCGUCCAUCACUAAGUUAGAAACUCAAGUAGGUCAGUUGGCUACUAUUGUGCAUGAGAGGGCGCAAGGUACAUUCCCAAGCCAACCUGAAAUUAAUCCUCGAAAAUCUGAGCAUGCCAAGGCUAUUAGAACGCUGCGGAGUGGAAAAUCAUAUAGUCCACAAGAGAAUGAUGCACCAAAUGCUGGCCACGCUGAAGAUCAUGUCAAGAAGAGUGGUGAGGAGGUGGAUAUUACUUCUAAUAAGCCAAAAAUAGUCCCACCUACAUCAUCUAUUACAGCUGUAGCCGAGAAGCCAAAGGGAGAGAGUUACACGCCAUCCUUGCCUUUCCCACAGCCAGUUCACAAGCAAAGGAAGGACCAACACAUGUUUGAUAUUUUGGAAAUUUUUAAGAAAGUGCAGAUCAACAUUCCCUUGCUUCAAGCAAUUCAACAACUUCCUUCUUAUGCAAAUUUUUUGAAGGAUGCAUGUACAAACAAGAGAAAAUUUGCAGCUCAUGAAAAAGUGAUGUUAACUGAAGAGUGUAGUGCGGUGUUGCUCAAGAAAUUGCCACCAAAACUAAAGGACCCAGGGAGUUUUACAAUUCCUUGUAUUAUUGGUGAUGUUCAAUUUGAUAAAGCAUUUUUAGAUUUAGGCUCAAGCAUUAACCUUAUGCCUUUGUCUAUUUUUCAGCGAUUAGGUAUUGGAGAGCUCAAAAGUACUACCGUUUCUCUUCAACUUGCGGAUAGAUCAGUCACAUAUCCUAAAGGAAUCAUUGAAGACGUGUUGAUUAGAGUGAAUCAAUUUGUGUUUCCAGCUGAUUUCUUUGUUCUUGACAUGGAGGAAGACCACGACAUCCCACUCUUGCUAGGCCGGCCCUUCCUUGCUACUGCUGGCACAUUGAUUGAUGUGCAACAAGGAACUUUAACUUUGAGAGUUCAAGGCGAAUCCGUUGAGUUUAAGGUGUUUGAAGAUGCUGAAAAACCAAGGGACUUGAAGGAGUGCAGCCGCAUAGAUCUCCUUGACCCAAUUGGACAUGUCAACUACUUGGAAAACACCUCUACGGAUGUCUCGAAAGCCAAGUCUCCACCCACUCCAUGCAUGAAACGCAUGCCCACUUCUCUUGGACGUGCUGGAAUUUAUCAAUGUUUUAUCAAAAGCUUUUCCAAGAUGAGCCAGCUCUUGUGGCAUCUCCUUGCCAAGGAUCACACCAAGACAUUGCAUGACAAGGCUAUUGUUCACAAGGAGUUUGGACAACAGCCCAAGCACUACAUGGAAGAAGUAGCAUUCUUUGCUACUUCCGCACCACCAUAG